AUGGUGGAUCUGGGUGACACUGAAGUGGACAGAGGCUUGGGCGACGUCGUAGCUGAUCUUAGCGAUGCCAGGAGAGACGGGGACAAUGCUAGCAAGGUGGCCACACUGGGUUUCGAUCCUCAUGAAGCACUGGAGGUGGCCAGUGUUGGUGGCAACGGCCCAAGCGACAAACGCGACCUGGGGCGACUGAACGACGCCAGGAGCGCACUGGGCGGCGCCAGUGGCGUUCCGGAUGCCAUGGGCUAUGGUCAUCAUGAGUUGGUU